AUGAGAACAAAUUAAGGUUCUAGUAAUGAUUUACUUAAUCGAUAAAAUCAAGUAAGAUAAGCUAUUGAUCCACUUGUAUCCAAUUCUCCUAAUGCUUGGAAUGAGAUGACUGGUUAUGUCUCAAGAGAUAAAUAUAAUAAAUUAAAGGAUCUCAAUUCAAAAUUAAAAGUAUAAACUAUUUAUCAAAAGUAUAGGCAGCUUUGAGAGAUUACAUGUAGGAAGGUAAAGAUUAGGAGAAAAUAUUACAGUUAAAAGAGGAAUUGAUAUAAAAAUAUGAGAGAGAACGAUCAGAUUGGUAAACAAAAGGUAAUGAAGAUUUGAAAACAUAAUUAAACGAUAUAAAAAUUAAGUUAUAGAAGAAAAAAUCUAAAAUAAAGUUAAUAAAGGAUGAAUAUAAAGCUAAUGAAAUAAAAUUGGAAGAAUAAAAGAAUUAAUUCUAAGUUGAAUUGGAUAGAGUACAAAGACUUUAUGAUACAUUAACAAAUGAGAAGUAAGAAUUCUAUUUAAAUAAAUUAAGCAAGGAUCAUGAAAAACGAUAUUAAAUAUUAAAAGAUGAAAAUAAUGUUUUAAAAUAGGCUAUUGUUGCAAAAGAAGAAUAAUGUCGAUAUCUUGAAAUGGGAAUAAAGGAUGAUAAAUAAACUAUAUAAUUAUUAGAAUAAAAAAUAAAAGAGUAAUUUGAAGAAAAUAAAAAGUUAUCAUUAACUAUUAAUAAUUUAACUACUAAAACUGAAGACUUAGAAAAAUUAAUUAAAAUUAAUGAAACACACCAUUAAUAGGAUCUAAAUAAAUAUUAAUAAGAUAAAUUAUUAUAAUAGCAAGAAUUUAAUACAUAAAUUAAUAAGAAAAAAGAGAAGAUAAAAAAUAUGGCUAAUUAAAUUUAAUAAUUGGAAAAUUUGAUUAGUUAAUAAUAGAAAUAAGAAUUUACAUUAAAUAAUUCCAUUUUAGAAAAAUAAUAAGAAAAUAUUAAAUUAUAAGCUCAUUUAGAUGAUCAAAGAAAUAAAACUGAUUUAGCAUUAAAAGAAGCUAAUUAUUAAGUAUAGGAAGUAAAAGAAUUGAAGUCCAAAUUAGAAUCAUAAAAAUCUUUAGUUUAAUCAUAUGAAGAUAAAUUGGCUUAGUAUGAUAAAUAGUAUCAGUUAGAUAAAGAAGAUAAAGCAUAGAUUUUACAAGAUAUGGAUUAAUUGAAUUAAGAUAAUAGAAGAUUAUAAUAAUUAUUGUAUGAAUCAGAUAAUGAUAUAUCUUAUUUAAAUUAAUAGCAUUACGAAGUAUAAUAAUAGAUGAAUAUUUAAAUAGAAACAAUUACAAAUAGAAAAGAAAGUAGAAUCAUUGCAAAUUCAAUUAAAUUAUUCAUAGGAUGAAUUGGCAGAAUCAAAAAGAAUUAUAUAGGAAAUGAAAAAAUAAUCUAUUGUAGAUGAAGAAUAAUUAGAAAUCUAUAAAAAUAAAUAUCUAAAAACAAAAUAAAAUCAUAAGACUUUAUUAAAUGAAUAAAGAUAUGUAAGUAUUUCCUUAUAAUAAUAGUUAGAGGAAAAGAUGAAAUUGAUUGAAAAUGAAAGACUUUAAGAGGAAAGAGAAGCUUUAAAGACAAAAGACUUUAUUGUACAUUAAAAAUAAGUGUAAUAGAGUAAGAUUAGAGUACUAGAUGAUAUAUAAAGUAUGAUAUAAUAACAUAAAAGAACUAAUAGUUGA